AUGGCCGCCCUCCCAUGGCUGCCCCUUCCCCUCCAUCCUCACGUCCAAACAGACCCCUCCUCAUCGUCCACCCAAACCACCAUCGUUGCUGCUUCUUCUCCUUCUCCAUGGCAGCUACUGCCCCGUCGUCCAUCUUCCUUCAACCAACGAACGUCCAAACGAACCCCAUCGACUUCUGCUUCGUCCAGCGAACCACAGUCGCCUCCAUCGCCGGCUGAAACCCCAACUGCUCCGUCGACCACCCUUGCUGCUUCUUUGUCUUCAUCUUCUUCAUCAAGCUCCAGCCAGUCCACUGCUGCUACUUCACCUCAACAGCCUCCCCGUCCGCCAUUGAAACCAAAUGACCACCCAAGUCAACCCCCUCACCGCCGGACAGAACCCCAAACGAACAACCCCGUCCCGUCGUUACCACCAGCCACAACCACCUGA